AUGGCCAAUGACCACCCUGAGUUUAAGGGCUAUGCCCUCGUCGACUCUAAGCGCUUCACCGACUUGGAGGUCACCACCUUUGAACCGAAGAAAUUCACCACUGAAGACGUCGAGAUCACGAUCACCCACUGCGGUGUUUGCGGUUCAGAUCUCCACACGCUCAAGCAGGGGUGGGGUGAGAGCAAGCUGCCACUAGUCGUUGGCCAUGAGAUCGUUGGCCAUGCCGUUAGAGUAGGCGACAACGUCAAAGACAUAAAAGUUGGCGAUCGCGUCGGCGUUGGUGCAAAGAUUGGCAGUUGCAUGCAGUGUAAGCAGUGCAAAGACGGGAUGGAGAACUACUGCCCGAAAGGUGUCUCCACUUAUAAUUCGGUGUACCCUGAUGGCAUUGUCACACAAGGAGGAUACUCGACCGCCAUUCGCGCUCACCAGCAAUUCGUCUUUCCCAUCCCCGACGGCAUCGAGUCUCGCUAUGCCGCAUCUAUGCUUUGUGGUGGUCUUACCGUCUUUUCGCCUCUUGUGACCAACGACACCGGUCCUGGAAAAAAAGUCGGGGUCAUUGGGAUUGGUGGUCUCGGACACUACGCUAUUCUGUUCGCUAAGGCGCUUGGCGCGGAAGUCUGGGCGUUCACCCAUUCGCCAGACAAGAUGGAAGACGCUAAGAAACUAGGUGCAGAUUACGUCAUAGACACCAACAACGAGGAUUUCGCCAAGCCGCACGCACAUUCGCUCGACCUCAUUGUGUCCACCAUGGACUCCACACCUCAACUUCCGAUCAAACAGUUCCUCUCUAUGCUCUACGUCCAUGGCCGUUUUGUCACUGUCGGUUUGCCGGACAAGGACGAACCUCUCCCUACGUUGCAUGCCUUCGAUCUCGUUCCGAACGGCUACUACGUGGGAGGCUCCGCCAUUGGCAGCAAGAAAGAGUGCAUGCAAAUGCUAAAGCUCGCUGCAGAGAAGGGCAUUAAGCCCUGGAUCGAGGAGUUGCCGAUGAAAGAUGCGAAGAAAGCUCUCGAGGGAAUGGGUAGCAACGAAGUGAGGUACCGCUACGUCUUGACUCAGGAUCUAGCGUAAUUGUCUUCUUCAAAAAUUUCAUGGGUAUCGCUGCGUGUAGAAGUAUUAUAGAUUAUGAAUUGACCUGCGGCUGUAGCAGCUUCCCUUCUUAUUGGU